CUCAAACGGUCUAUAAAAACAGCGCCACCGCCAUUGCCUCAAUCCAUCGGCAUCCAGUUGACAACUCAAUUCAAUCCACAGUGAGCCACACCCAAGAACACACUCACCGCAGCAAGCAGUCCGUGAAGCGAUGGCGCAUUUCCAGGGCCAGCAGCACGGCCACCCGGCCACCCGCGUCGACGAGUACGGCAACCCUGUGACGGCCGGCCACGGCGUCACCGGGACCGAAGGCUUGGGGCACUUCCAGGGCCACGGCCAGCAGCACGGCCACCCCACCACCCGCCUCGACGAGUACGGCAACCCGGUGACCGCCGGCCACGGCGUUGGGCUGGGAUCCACCGGCACGGGAGUGCACGGCGCUGGGCACGGUGGGUACGGGUCUACCGGCACCGGCGCCCACGACGCUGGGUUUCACGACACCGGUGGUUUGGACACGCGGCAUGCCGCGACCGGUACCCACGGCACAGGGCACACCGCCGGCCUCGGCGGCACCGGCACAGGGAUGACCGGGACCCAUGGCACAGGCCACACCGCCGGGCUCGGCGGCACCGGCACAGGGGUGACCGGGACCCAUGGCACAGGCCACACCGGCACAGGGAUGACCGGGACCCAUGGUACAGGCCACACCGCCGGGCUCGGCGGCACCGGCACAGGGAUCACCGGGACCCAUGGCGCAGGCCACACCGGCAUAGGGAUGACCGGGACCCAUGGCACAGGCCACACCGCCGGGCUCGGCGGCACCGGCACAGGGAUCACCGGGACCCAUGGCACAGGGCACACGGCCGGGUACGACGCCACCGGCACCGGGAUCACCGGGACCCAUGGCACAGGGCACACGCCCGGGUACGGCCCGACCGGCACCGGGAUCACCGGGACCCACGGCGCCGCUGGCACACACCCUCAUGGUGGGCUACCCGAGCACAAGACUCGUGGCAUCCUCCACCGCUCUGGCAGCUCCAGCUCCAGCUCGUCAUCCUCCGAGGACGACGGGAUGGGCGGCAGGAGGAAGAAAGGCAUGAAGCAGAAGAUCAAGGAGAAGCUCCCCGGCGGUAACAAGGAGCAGACCACAGCCACCGGCGGCUACGGGCCAGGGUACACGGGGACGACCGGUGGGUACACGGGGACGACCGGCACCGGCGGGACCUACGGAACCACUGAGGGGACACACGAGAAGAAGGGCGUCAUGGAGAAGAUCAAGGAGAAGCUCCCUGGCGGGCACAAGGACACCCAGCCGCACACCACCGCGACAGGCGGCUACGGGCAUGGCACCACUGGCACCGGCGGCGGCUAUGGUACAGGCACCACCGGCACCGCGGGGACGCACGGCGCCACUGAGGGCACCCACGAGAAGAAAGGCAUGAUGGAGAAGAUCAAGGAGAAGCUCCCCGGCGGCCACCACUGAACUGAGCCUAACUUGCCUCGGCCUCGGGUUCAGUCCAGUGAAGAAUAAAGACUCGAGGAACCGCCGUGUGCACAAUCUAAGGGCAUAGUGUUAAGUUUUUCAUGUCAUCUUUUUUCUCCGUGUGAUAGUUGUUGCAGUACUGUGACAUGGCCUGGUUUCUAAGUACGUUUUGUCUGGUUGGUUCGCCCUUUUUUUAUCCGUGUGAUGGAUGAUGGAUGUUGCAAUACUGUGAUGAGCUACAACAACUACUAUGCUAAUGGGAA